AUGAGCUUUAGAAUCCGGCAUAAGAAAUGCGAUGAAGGCCGCCCCUCGUGUGGGGAAUGUAUUCGUGCGCGCAAAGUAUGCCAGGGAUACAUCCACCCGCCCGACCGCCGCACUCGCGCCGGGCGCAUGGGUCAGCGGACUGUGGUGAUCUGGGGCCCGAAGGAGGCCACGUCUGAUGGCCGCUCGUCGGCCCGCUCGUCGAGACCGCUUACGCUGCUGGUCGAGGGCACCCAGGUGGACCUGUCGCCGACGGAGCGCUGGUAUUUCAACCUGUUCCGGCAGUCGACAUCGACGCAAUGCGCCGGCUACAGCGAAGACCCGUUCUGGCAGCGGCUGGUGCACCAGGUUGCGGCGGCGCAGCCGGCGGUGCGCCACGCGACGGUCGCCAUGAGCGCGCUGCACUGGCGUUUCGUGCAGGGCAAGGGCGUGCAGAACGAUACCUUCGCACUGCGCCAGUGCAACAAGGCCAUUUCCGAGCUGCGCAACCAGAUUCUAGCCCGUGACCAGUCCAGUCCCCUGCACACCGAGGCCGUGCUGGUGACCUGCAUUGUCUUGGUCGCGCUGGCACUGCUGCAGGGCGACGCCCACGCCGUUGACUGCCAUUUGCGCGCGGGCUAUGCGCUGCUGAACGAGUGGCUCAAGACGAGUCCCAAGAGCGCCGCCGUGCCUCUGCUCGUGCAGACCUUUGCCCAGCUCCACUUGCACUGGGCCAGCUUCACCAAUCUCAAAGGGUACAUGGGCGACAACUACGAGACGCUGCCGCGCAUGCUGACUGACAGUUUCACGCGCUUCGCCGGUCCCGUCGACGACCGCCGCAAGGGCAGCAUGUCGCUCGCGCUGCGCGGUUGGAUGCUGAUCCUGAAAAACUCCCACGUCCUCGCCUUCGACACUAUCAGCCAGCUCGACGACGAGACCCGCUUCCCCACCGUCGACAAUCUGCGGCGGUGGAAGAACGAACUUAGAGGGUUUACCAUGCUGCACGGUCCCAGCAUGUCCCAACGCGACUCGAGCGGGCUGCUCCUCCUCAAUUUCUGGGCCGAGUUUAUCCCCAUCAUGAUCACUGUCGCCAGCAAGGCGCUGCCGUUGCACCGCCAGCAGAUGGAGUAUGAUAAGUUUUUGCCGAAUUUCCGGCGUGUGCUGCAGUUGGGCGAGCUCUUUAUGAAAUCUUUCACGAGCUCCCCUGCGCCGGUCUUCUCCAUCAAGACUGGUAUUAUCUCGACCUUCUUUAUGUGCGGGAUCAAGUGUCGUGACCCAGCCGUGCGCCAGAAUGUUCUGCGCGUCCUGCGCACGUAUGAGCGCCGCGAGGGUAUCUGGAAAUCCUCGCAGGCGGCCCGUAUCCUGCAGCGUGUGUUUGAGAUCGAGUCUCAGGGCGUGCGGCCUGGGGAUGUCAUUCCUGCGUCUGCGCGUAUCAAUAUGAUGAAACUCGAUUUGCUUCCUGACGAGUCUAAGAUUCAUCUCCAGUACCAUCGUUUUCGCGACUCGGAAUUGCCCAAGGAUGCGAGCGAUGGCACCUGGGACGAGGAGUGGUUGUCAUUCUGA